AUGGUUGGUGUUCCACGUAGCAAGGGCUGCUCGGUUUGUCGAAACAGACGGAUUAAGUGCGACGAGGCUCGCCCCGAGUGCGGUCAAUGUCGAAAAUACGGCUGUCCCUGUCCGGGUUACAACCGCGGCCUCAAAUUCCAGGACGAAGGACCGAACCUCCAACGCCGGCACCGUCGCACAUCUGACCGGAAAUCACCCCACGAUGCCGAUAAGAAACUAUCCCCAGAUUCCGAAUCGUCCAGCGCUGUAGCUAAAGUCGAUGCGCGCACAAUGAUGCCCGAAGUCGUCGCGGAAGAGGCACUACAAUUAAUGCAGACACACGUGAGCAGCAUUGACGAGAGUCUGUCGCCGUCCCUCAUGCAGAAAUUAUUUAUGACGCAGCAACCGAGACUCUUUAUGGACUUCACAUGCGCUGCGUUUCCAACUCUGUACUUUCACAAUCGCUUCCGAUCGGAAAUCGCGUUUCCCGAAUACAUCAUGGAGAAUUUCCAUUCGAAAGCGUAUCAGGAUUCGGCGGUAUGCUGUCUCAGCGCGGUAUACCUGGCCUCCUUGACAAAGGAUACCCGGCUCCUUCGAUCAAGUCGCUACAUGUACGGAGAAGCAUUGCGAAGAAUCAAUCGCAUAAUAGACACAGAAGAAGCUCUUUCCGAUAAUGUGCUGAGCACUGUUAUGAUGCUUAUGGUCUACGAACUGUAUGCGCGCACGACUCCAGAUGCCUGGGUCAAACAUGCCCGCGGUGUCAAAGAGAUGAUGUUGAAACGUGGGGCGAAGAAACACAUGUCUGGCUUUGGUCGGUCCUGCUAUUAUGCCUUUCGAGGCUUUCUGGUUGCUCACGCCCUUCAUGAGGGUAUACCCUGUUUCUUGGAUGAGGAAGAAUGGCAAAAUCUCGCCGCUCAAGUGCAACAAGAAGACGCAGAGAAACCAUCCGAAUGGUCAGUGUUUGUGCAUGUAUCUGAAAUGAUCUUCAUGGAACUGGUCAAAUGCCCUCGAUAUGUCUACGAUGUGCGACAACUAUCGCCCGGCACUCCACGAAGCGAAGUCAUCCAUCUUGUUGCCCGCAUUCGGGCUACAUGCGCCAAUCUUCGAAGUCUCAGCGACGAACUUCAGGGUUCUAUAAUGUAUCAUUUCCAGAAAAGACAAGGCAUAGAAGUCAGAACAGAAGGCUUCGUAGGGCCGGCACCAGCCUUGUUCCCGGAUACCAACCCGACGCUUCUCCUUCAGGGUGCAGUUCAAUGCAUUAAUACAUUGGAGAAGCUCUUGGGCACGAUCAAAAUCGAUAACCUCCUCAUCAGACCUGCAAUCCAAGAAUCGCUAGAACCUCAACAACGAACAAUAUCUCAGUCACAGUCAAAAUCACCAUCACCGCCGCCAAUACCCUCCUCUCCACCAUCCGCUGCAUACUCUCACGAGAUUGCUGGAACGGACUACCUGUCUCCAACACCCUCAGCCGACUCAACCUGCGAAACAAUUUCCACCGAAAACUCUAGUCCCCGUUCAGCAGAUGACGCUGCACAUACCUUCACCCUACCCUUCCGCCUAGUAUCCGAGAUCAGUCGUGGCCCAGUGCACCAUGACAAAUCUCGUGGUCAUCGGCCAGUCGUCUGGUUAGAUCACAUUGCAUGCUCAAUGGGUAUGAUUCGAGCAGAUGUCGAACAGGAGGAGCCCGAGCCGGAAGAAUAUGACACGCAUCUAGAAACUAUUGUCGAGACCGUCGAAAUAGAUGAUGACUAA